GUAAAACACCGGCUGUCGAUCUCCCACAUCGACGUCACAGAUUUCGGUCUCUUUUGGACCAAAGACUCCAACCCAUUCCACAACACCGCUCCCAGUUGGUUUGUCGUUUUCUCUCCACAAAAGGAACAAUGAAAGUCAUCAGCGUUAUUUUGGCUACAUGCCUAGCCCUGGCUGCCGCUCACUCUCAGAAGAAGAGACAAGAUGCUCCGCCCGCAGUCACCAACCCCCCGGCGAUGAUGACGACAGAUAUGGUCAAUGGUACCGACAUGAUGGGGGGAAACGACAGCACCACAGCUCCGACAAUGGCGCCCGUCACUACUCCUCCUCCAGCCCCUCCAGCGGUCAACACAUCAAAGCCCACGGACACAACGACAAUGUCAACAUCCGCCCCUGUGACUAAUGCCCCGAUGCCCACAAAGAUCGUUUCCGUGGAGGAGAUCGUGGAAGUGUUCGAGGCUGUCUCAAAGACUGAUUACUUCAAACGCCUCAGCUACGAGGACCAGCUGCUAGUGAUGGAGAUCCUGUCGGGGGGAGAGACAGGGAAAAUGACGCCCAUUCUGGAGCAGAUUGGUUUUGAACACUUGCUCAACUUCAUGUACGAACUGCCUCUGAAGUAUGUGGAUGACUUCAACACCUUCGUGAACCAGGGAUUUGUACGGGAGCACAGUAUGGAAUAAAAGGCCUGAUAUCUCUGGCUUCUGAGAUCCCGGAGAUUCCAACGGAAGACGGGACGACAGGCCUGAGAAGGUUCCAAGUUUUCUUCUUAACAUUUUAUCCCUUACCUACUUCAUUGAGCAUCGUCAUUUUCCACCAACACGAAAUAAAAAUUUGACUUACAGUUCCAGACAAUCA